CCGGUUACGCGCCUGACUCCACCCUUUGAAUGUCGGCCUAGAUGUGAGAUGUGUCCGCCCUUCCGUCGAGAGGGAACUCGCACUGACGCAAAGAAACCAGCAGACAGAUGUCAGUGUCAAUUGGGCGUUUUUAAUACCACUGUUUGACUGAAACUCUACGUCCUCUCGCACUAAAUCAUCCGAGCUGGGUGACUGUAGGGCAUCGACCGAAAGCGACAGACGAGAGGAAAAUAAGCGCUGUGUUACCUGGUUUUGGUGAGGAAUGGCUGAUCUGCUGAGACUGCUGCUCCGGGUGGCUGAGAAAGCAGGGAAUGUGGCUCGGGUUUGCAGACAGGAGGCUCCCCUGUUUCAGCUCCUCGUUCAAGAGAAGACCGGAGAUGACAAGAACAAGAAGUUCGUCCAGGACUUCAAGACGCUUGCCGAUGUGGUGAUCCAGGAGAUGAUCCGGCAUGAUGUUGGUGCUCAGUUCCCUGAGAUGGCUGACUUCAUUCAUGGAGAGGAGUCCAACAAAUUUGAAAAUGGGCUUGGAGAGAGCUUGACGGUCACAGUGGGUGGCACAGAGGAGGAGACCGCAGCGUUGCUGGCCACGGUGCUGGACGGGGACCACACAGCGGCAUCUCUGCUGGCCCGAGCUAUCCACCAAGAUCCAGCGACCAUCGACGCCAACACAGACGGUCUGACGGUGCCCCUCAGCCCCUCUGAGCUCGCCAUCUGGAUCGACCCCAUAGAUGCCACCAGCCAGUACAUAGAGGGCAGAGAGGAGGUGCUGGUGGAGGGCCACCUGUCUCCUUCGGGGCUGCACUGUGCUUUGGUCCUCAUCGGGGUUUAUCUCCGGAGCACAGGCGAGCCCGUCAUGGGCGUCAUCAACCAGCCGUUUAAUAACAAAGACCCAGCAGGUGGAGGCUGGAGGGGGAAGCAUUUCUGGGGGGUGUCCUGUGGCAGCAUUCAUGUCUGCUCGGUAUCCCGGCCAAAAGAUGGACCAGGAACUGGGCUCUCAGUGGUGCUGAGCUGUAGUGAGAAGCAGGUGGUAAAGGAAGCCCUGACCUCUGUGUGCGGCCCUGACCAGCUGAUGUACGCCUCUGGAGCCGGCUACAAGAUCCUGUGCGUCAUUCAGGGCCUGGCUGAUGUUUACGUCCUCUCAGAGGGGAGCACCUUCAAGUGGGACUCUUGCGCGCCUCACGCUCUGCUCCGAGCCCUCGGAGGGGGAGUGGUGGAUCUGACUAAGUGUCUACAGUCCAGCUCUGGAGCGCAGGAUCACCAGAAAGACCUGACCUAUCACCAACCUUCCCCUGAGCGUAAAGGAGCAGAGCGCUGGGCUAACCAUGGAGGCCUGGUGGCUUAUCGAGACUCUUCUCAGCUCCUCAGAAUCAUCAGCAGUCUGAAAGACACGCUGUAGUUAAAAGAGCAGUGGAUGUAACAGCACAAGCUGAAGCAGUUAUUACUGCAUAUAUGAUCAUAUUCAUUAUAUAUUCGUAGGAAAAAGAAGGAUCGGGUACAGGUUGAAAUAUUUUAAAUAUAGAUGAUACCGUGUGU